AUGAUUCAUUCCCAGCGAAGCAGAGGUUGCUUCCUAUUUUUCAACUUCUCAAUUGACAUGCACAUUCAGGCUGAUGUUGCCCACGCCUACCACACAUUGCUGAACCACGGGAUCAAAAAGAAGAACAUUAUCGUUAUGAUGUAUGACGACAUAGCGGACAUAAGCACCACAGAUUGUAGCACAACACAUGAUCGAAUCUUUGUCUACUUUUCCGGUCAUGGAAGCACGGGUCUAAUCGCUUUCCCAGGCGGACGAGUGAGUGCUUUAGUUUUUUCCCCGUAUAACAGACUGAAGAAUUUAACAUAUAACAAUACACGUCGUGAUUGCCUCUACAGACAGAAAAGUAUACUGUACUGCAGAUCCACUGGCUGUCCUCCAGUGGAUCUGCAGUAUACUGCCUCCGCAGCCCACAGCCGGCCUUGGGUGUCUUAA